AUGCGUCGACCUGAUCGUACAUUUGAUCCCUAUGCUGAAAGUCCAGUAGAUGGUGUUAUAGCUGCAUUUUGUAGUGUACGUGUUAUAUCAGGUCAAUUUUUAUCCGAUAAAAAAAUCGGUACCUAUGUCGAAGUUGAUAUGUAUGGUUUACCAGCUGAUACAAUUCGUAAAGAAUAUCGUACUAAAACGAUUCCAGCCAAUGGUCUCAAUCCAAAAUAUGAUGAAAGUGUUUUUGAGUUUCGAAAAAUUGUUCUUCCGGAUUUAGCUAUUUUACGUAUUGCUGUUUAUGAAGAAACAGGAAAACUUAUAGGACAACGUGUUUUACCGCUAGAUGGUUUACAAGCAGGUUAUCGACAUAUAUCAUUGCGUACAGAAGGAAAUUUUCCAUUAUCAUUACCAACAAUAUUUUGUCAAAUUAUUCUAAAAUCUUAUGUGCCUGAUGGUCUAAGUGCAUUUGUUGAUCAAUUAAAUAAACCAUUAUUAAUAAAACGAACUGAAGAAUUACUGUAUGCAACUUCUAAUAAUUCUUUUGAUAGUUGUUCAACAUCAACUAAUUCAUCUGUACGACGAUCGCGUAUACAUGAUUUAAAUUCAUCAUCAACUGCUUCAAUAGAUACAAGAGCAACAAUAAUAACUGUUCCUAGUACUACUUCAAUAAGUACAUUAUUAACCACUGAUACAAAUAAUCUUACGGCAACAUCAUCACUUAAAUCAAAAACCUCAAUUGAAACAACUAUUCCAAUAACAUUAGACUAUUUACGUGAACAUAAAAAUUAUUGUAAAUUAAAAACUAAACAAGAUAAAGAAUUAGCUUUAAUGAAGAAAAAACAUGCAAAAGAACAAAAUUUACUUUGUGAACAACAAUCGAAAAUAAUGAGUAAAGCAAAAAAUGAUUAUGAAAAAAUUACACGAUCGCCAAUGAUACAAGGUGGAAAUUCAAAAAAAGAAUUAAGUAAUGGUGGUAGUUCAGGUGAAGGAAAAGCUGAUCCCAGGUUAAUGGAUUUAAUUAAUGAACAAAAUGUUGAAUGGACAUCACUUGUACAAAGACAAUUAACAGAAUUAAAUGUAAUUCGUCGACAACAUACUAAAGAACAAUGUGAUUUAUUACUUUUUUUACUUGAUGAAACACAAAAAACACAAAUGAAAGAAAUAAUUGAAAGACAUUCAAGAGAAAAGAAAGAUCUUGAAUUAAGCCAAGUACGACAAAAUAUUGAAGAUAGUAAACGACUUGGUUCAGAAAAAAAUAUUAGAAAUAAAUCAGAUUUAGAUCGUCGAGUACGUGAAUUAAAAUCAAAUAAUACAAAAAAAUUUUUAGAAGAACGAAAAAGACAAAUGAUGAAACAUGAUCGAGAAAAAGAAAAUUUAAUUAAAUCACAUGAAAUACAAAAAACAACUCUUACAAAUGAAAUUAAUAAGAUGGAUGCGAAAUUUUCACGUUUACAAAAUUUUGUUAAUGAAUCUAAUAGUAAUAAUAAUGAUAAUAUUCAAUCAUGGUCUCGAGCAAUCUUUUCACGAGAUUUAUUUCAAACAAAUAUAGAUCGUGUACAAACUUUUUUUAAUAAGCGUUCAGUUGGUUCAUUAACAUCAUCAUCAUCAAGUACAGAUGAUAUACAAAUAUUAUUACAAAAAGGUGACAAUGAUCCUAUCUUACCAGCAUUGAGUCGUAAACAACGUAUUUUGGGUUUUAUGAUGUGCCUUGUUAUGGGUAUAUUUUGUAUGUCAAUGGCUACAUUGUAUAUUUCAGUAAUUGUAAUCAAAGCACGAAAAUUUGCUUUACUAUUUUCAUUUGGUAGUCUUUUUUUUCUUUCAAGUUUUUCAAUGUUAUGGGGACCAACAAAUCAUUUCAAACAUUUAACAAAUAUUGAUCGUCUCCCAUUUUCUAUAUCAUAUAUAAUUACUCUUAUUUGUACAAUAUAUUAUUCAGUAUGGGUCAAAAGUUAUUUCUUCACAAUGAUUUUUGUUCUGUUACAAAUUGGUGCUCUCAUCUGGUAUAUUGUUUCAUAUAUCCCUGGUGGUGCACAUGGUCUGAAAUUUUUCUCAAAACUUUUUUAUAUGUUUGUUUCAAAAACUGUUACAACAACAUUGCCAGUUUAA